AUGGGCCUCAUUGACCGAAUCGUUAUCAUAGACACUCGAGGACUGGCGGGAUAUGGAGCUCCUGCACUGAAAAUGUCAGAUCUCCGAGACACAUUCCAGCUCUAA